AUGCCAUGGCGUGGCGAAUAUUUAUCUUUUAGAGUAUUUGAAAAUCCAGCUUACAUAUAUAAUAAAAGUGAUCAUCAAUACUUUGUAAGUGGAAAGGUAGAAGGUUUAAGAAAGAUUCAUAUUCAGAAUCAAAUAUCUAAUUUAGAGGCUCUUAAAAAGAAGGAUUUAAGAAAACAAACAUAAAGAAAAAGUAAAUUGUAUUUUCAAAGAAUCUUUAAGAAUUUAAAAAAAAUUAAAUUCUGUUUAAUUAUACAAUAAGUAUAAAUUAAUAAUUAUUAAUACAGAAUGAAGAAUUUUUAUUCUUUCUUUGUCAAGGAUAAAAAAAAUACGAUCUGUUUGUUAAAACGAAAAAAAAAAACAGAAGUUGAAAGAGUUUAUAAAUCAAUGGCCAGUGCGUAUUAAAAAGAAGUAUUUUUUUUCUUUUAAUUUUAUUUAAUACUUUGUAAAAUUUUAUAAUUUGAUUAUGUUUUGUUUCUUGGAUAGAUAAUCAACUAAAUUAAAAUAAAAGAAUCAUAUAUUUUAUAUAAUAGAUGA